AAUCUUAAAAUCAGAAUUUCGUAACAAUUAUUUCAUUCCAUGAACUGGACAUGCUUAUAAGUGGACUAUUAUGCAGCUUGUAACAUUAGCACACAAUGUUUUAAAUAUUGAUUCUGGAUAAUUUUUCUCAGGAAUGUUUAAAUAGUAGUAAUAUAAUACAAGAAGAUUUUUCCUUGAAAUAAGAGUACUGAGAAUUGAAGAAAAGGCUUUAAAAGGUGUCUGGAAGAUAAUGUAAACCUUGAUAUAAGACUGGAUUAGAGAGAAAGAAGAAGAUUGGAAUAUCAAAUGAAAAAAUAGAAAUUAAUGGGUUAAGAUAUAGUUUGACAAGAAGGAGUAAGCUAUGUAUACUUUGAUUGGAACAGUGACUGUCCUGUUAAUUCUGUGUCACAGCCUGGUGGGAAUCACAUUCGUAAAGUCAGAUGACUGUGCUAACAUCAGUGGAAACCUUACUGUAAUGGAUGAUAUUAAAUUCCUAUUUAUCGGUGAAUCAGCAAAUAUGACUUGCACCAUGAUCAACAAACAGACCAUUCAAAAUUACUCUGUCGAAAAUUUAAAUAUCAGAAUAAAUAAAUGUCAAGAAAUAAAGCCGCUGCAUAGACAAAUUGGCCAAAUAAAUGGGUCAAAGGAAAUUUAUGUUAGGGAUGUUAUCGAAGAUUUGCCUUGUAGACUACAGCCAUAUUUAGAUUACGUUUGCUUUUAUGACGGGAAGAAAAAUGACAGUUGCAUUGUGGGAAGAACAUUUAUUUAUUUUGAUUUUCCACCUACUCCGGUGAAAAGUUUUCGCUGCCUAGCGUACAACUGGUUGAACUUGACAUGCUGGUUCGACCUUGGAGUUGUGUACCGAGGAUGGAACCUUCCAAGUUAUACAAAGGUUAAUGUAAAAGUCAAAUAUGGCAUCUUAGGAAUGCUAUCUGAAAUAGAAAAGCAGUACAUAGAAAGAGAUGGCACUUGUUUAAAAGUCAGCAUUCCAGACAAAGAUUUUUAUCUCUUCAAAGUGGAAAUGGAUAUUAAUAUUACAAAUGUGGCACGUCAAGUUUCUAACAUCAGCCGAUUUGAGUUUAACACCAGAACUGUUGUUAAACCAGCUCCAAUUGUAAACUUGAAAUAUGUUGAGAAAAAUUCAACUGCAAUCAAACUUGAAUGGAACCAUUCUAACUCACUGAUGUCGAAGAAGUUCCAAAUCCAAUACAGCUCUGAAUAUGAUACAAAGGGGAGCUGGAUGCAGAAGGAAUAUGUUCAAAUAUAUCCGAGAUCGAUAGCAGCUCCUAAAAUUUACCCUCUGACUUUAACUAAGCUAUUGCCAUAUGUGUUAUACAAUAUAACAAUUAAAGUUAGACCAAUUUUUGAGAACAGGACAGAAACUGGUUUCUGGAGUGACAAUGUUACAACCUCUAUAAGAACUGCAGAAGAUGUGCCUCGUGCAGUUCCAACAUUAUGGCCAGGCUACUUUUCACAGUCGAAUGAUCCAGAGAAAAUUAAAAUCUAUUGGGAGCCAAUUGAUGAUGUAAAGAAAUGUGGCAUUAUCCAAUCAUACAGAAUCAUAUUGAAGGAAAUAGUUCUCUUUGGAGAGAAAGUUGAAAAGGAAGAAAAUUUUACUAAAAUAUACAAAGAUAUCCCACCUGAAGCUAUAUCAUAUGAAAUUCAAUUGGAACCAAUGAAAAAAUAUGAAAUAAAAUUAACACAGAGAACCAGUGUUGGCUAUCCCACUGUAGAUGAUGCUCAUAUUUAUGUUUACCCACAGUAUAUUCGACCCACAUUACCUAGUUUAAGAUCCGUAGAAGCUAUCAGUCACAAUCAAGUUUUAUUCACAUGGAGUUUAAGAACUAUCAAUAACAGUACUGGUGACUUUUCUAACUAUAAUUUGUCAUGGUGCAAAAAGAAUAGUACAAAGCCAGGAAAUCCAGGAAAUUGUAAGGAGGCUAUUAAAUCAAAGUUGAUUUUAGACAACAGUGCUACAAACAAAGCAACAGUUUCAAUUACUGAGAAUUAUUUUGACUAUUGGUUUGGAAUAUCUGUUGAAGAAACAGUAAAGAAUGGUUGGUUUAUCAGCAGUGGUAUUACAUGGUACAAACAUUGUGUAUAUCUAAAAGGAGGAGUUCCAAAGAAACCAUUAGAGUUGGAGGUACCCACAGAUACUGACCAAGAAGAUGGUAUUUUUAUCAUAUGGAAACCAUACACCUGUACCCAGGGUCAAGGAAAAGUUGCUUUUUAUGAAGUUCGGUUUUGUACAACUGGCAGUGCAGAAGAUCAAUGUGAAGGCAAAGAACAGAAUGAAACCGUGUCUGCCUCAGAAUCAUCAUACACAUUGCAGAAUUUGAUUGAAGGUCAAACUUAUAUAAUCAACAUAAGUGCCAAAAUGGAAGAUGGACAAUAUGGACCUUGGACUACGUCUAAAAAAGUCCUUUUUAAGUCCCCAAAGACUUUUGAAUCAGAAACAGAGAAUUUGAUACUAGGAGCUGCUAUUGGAGGUAUUGGAGCAUUUGUUAUAUUGGUAAUAGUUGGUAUAGUGUAUUGUAGGCGUUCUUUAAAAAAACAAGCAGAAGAAGUGAUCAAUCUGCCUACUAUUAAAACAAAAUCUGGUUUUGAUAAAAGAGAAAACAAUGGCAGUGGAAUUGAUACCCAUGAAUCUCUUCAGCCUUUACUACGGAAUAGUAAUGGUAACGACAGUGGAUUAGGUGGAUCAAGUACAAACGGAAACAGUAUAUCGCACAACAAUAGUUUGGAUAAAAAAUAUUCCAAUCAAAAUGGCAGCACGGGAGGGUACAACAGUAAACACAAUAAUCAUAUACAUCAGAAUGGAAGUGUUAUUCAAACUGAUGCUAUAAUCGAGUCUCUGGGAGUUAGUGAAAAUACUAAUCAAUCCUUCGGAGAAACUUCAUUCACCACAGGUGAAAUGUCCGGUGGAAAUGAAAUGAACAGUGUAGACUACACAGACGUUGAGUUAAUACAUUCUUCAGAUGAGGAAUCCUCGUCUAAUAAUCUUCAUGUGUUCCCUCAAGCAAUAAUUCACCCAAACAUUCAGGAAAAAAAUCUUUUUACUCAAGUACUAAUAGAUCUGAUAGAGAAAACAAAGGUUUUUCAGACACAGAUGAAAGAGGACAAGAUUCCAGUAAUAUUGAUUCUUAUUGUGAGCAGGGGGAAACAAGUGCUAUAGAUUCUUAUUGUCAGAAGGGGUUAAAUUCUAGUACUGGUGUAACGACAUGAUUAAUACAUUGUACACCAGUCCACAUUCAUCAUUAUAUUUUACCAAUAAUAGAAUGUUAUCCAAGUAUGUAACAAUAUGAAAAAUGCUCUAAAACUUGCCUGGAAUAUUAAAAUGACAAUAUGUCUCCUGCCAUAUUUUGGCAAGAGAUUUUAUUUAUUCCUGUCCGUCCAUCUGUUUGUCUAUGGUAAGAGAUAUUCAAGACCAAAUCACUAUAUAGUUGUAGUAGUCAUGCAGUAAAUGCACUUCAUAUUUGAUAUUUUUUAUCAGAUUACAACUAGGGCUUUCCAUACAAAACAUGAACUGCCUUUUCUUUAUACAAUGAAUUUAUUAGAUGGAAAAUUUACAAGUACAUUGGAAUACAUGGACAUAUAUUGAAUUGCAAUAAAAUUAGUAAUUUAGGUUAAAAAAUGAAGGAAUGGUUGUUGUUUCACAUCAUGCGCAUAUAUUUUACUUGUUUUAAGGGCAUUUUCCAUGUAAAAUUAUCUUAUUGAAAUUUUAAACAGUAAUUUUAAAGGUAAUUUUAAUUUUUAGUUUUUAAUAAAAAUCAUAUCAUAAGGCAGCUUAAAACACAUGUUAAGGAUGUAUUCUUCUGACUUUUCAGUCUCAUUCAGUCUCGUUGAAAUCUCGUUCUUGAAUUAUUUCCAAAACAUGUGAUACAAGUGAAAAAUAUCAAUGAAUUUUAAAAAUAUUAUAAUCAAACAUAACUCUGUGAAAAAAUUGUGUAUUUACAAUGAAUGGAUUUUGAGUAAUCCAGUUUUCAAAUUUUAUGACCAAUCAAGUCAAUAUUUUCAGCCAAAAUUUUGAGAAAAUGGGUUAGAGAUACAAAAAAUGAUUUUACAAGAAUCAUGUGCAUCCCAUAUAAUUUUGGUGUUUUUCAAAUUUCUUAAAUAUGUGUUUUUUCAAUCAUUUAUAACAAAAAAGUUGAAAUAAUAUGCAUUUUGUUCUUAAAAAAUGAGAAAAAUCACAAAAAUACAAAAUUGAUAGCAUGGCAAAUUUUACUAAAAAAAGCGUCAAAAUGUGAUAAAACUUUCUUAUAUUAACACCUACCUAUAAUUUUUUUAAGUAAAAUUUAUUCAGAUUGAUCCACUUCAUCUUUAUAGAAAGUAUGAAAAAAAGUUUAAUUGUGGAACUGUGAUUUUUUUCACGAUAAUAGUUCAAAAAUAGGUAAAAAUCGAUGAAAAAUAGGAAAAUCAUCAAAAUUGGGCAUUUUCAAAGGGCCGUAGCAAAAAAAGAAGUCCACCACCAUAUGAUUUUUUCUUCACCAAUUAUUUUUUUAUAGUCUUAUAAAUCCGAAAAUCAGGUUAAGAAAAAAAGUUUAAUUCUAGAAAUUUUUGGCUUCUCAGAGGUGUACAUCCUUAAAUCUUUUAUUAUUUAUGGAUAGUUAGAAUAAUUAAUCAUCCAAUCAUAAAUGUUUCAACUGAAAAGUUGAAUUUAAAUCAUUUUUUGCAAUUUUUGUUUGGUUUUACAGUACAAUCACAGACUGCAUGUGUAUUAUGAAUCUCUUUGUUAUCUUAUCGCUGCAUAGGAAUGUUUGUUAAAAAAAACAUUUAUUUAUGGAUUUCUUUAGAUUCCAUAAAAAUCUUAAUAUUACAAUAUUAUUACAAUCUCAGCAAAUCACAAAGAAGGAAUUACAAAAUAUACUAACUUGCAGUUUGCACUUCUUAGACUUUCAUUUUAUGUUGCAGUUGUAUCUUGCUGCAUCUUUUAUUGAAGUAGUAUUGUUUUUACUAACUGUCUAUUAACUAAUUAGGACUUAACAUUCUUUUAUAUGUUUGUUAGUGAUUAUCUUUUGUAUUAACUUAUGUAUGCACAUUCUUGUAAUUUUAUAAAUGUAUUUAUUUAUUUUUUUAAAGUGAAUGAGGCUAUAAAAAAAGUUAUCUUAGCCCAUCUGGUCAGUUGAUGUGUUCAAUGGACAGCUUGACAUUUUUAUCAGACUGGUUUCUGGAAAUCAUCACAGAAAAAAAAUACAAAAACACAAAUGUAUUCCUAAAUUUCAUAUUUUUGGUAAAUUUGUGAUAUGAUGGGUUCAUUUUAGAAAAGUCCAUAUGUUUUUUUAAAUGUGAAGUAGCUUUUUUCAAAUGAUAGUUCUGCCAUUUCCUUCAUUAGUCUGGUAAAAUUCCAUGCAUUGAAUCUAAAGAAUUAUAAUUAACUCAUUCUUUUUUCCUUUAUUAGCAUUAUCAUGUGUUGAGUUGUAAUCCUGUGCUUGAGUGACUACUGUAUUUCAAUAACUAAUGUUCCAAUUUUACACAUAGUUACAUGUUGUAUUAAAUAAUUUUAUAAAUAUUUGAUGAUAGUUAUUAAUAAAAAUUAUUUUUGUGGUGUAAUAGAGGUUUUGUUUUGUAAUUCAAGCUCAAAUAGUACAUGUAAUAAGAUCUGUAUAGUCAUCAUUGUAUGUCUUUCUUCUGUCGGUGACCUCUUACCAUAAACUGAUUUUAUCUUCAUUUCAUCAUAUUAAGGAUUUUACCUGUAUCUCUGAAAGAAUAUUGCAUAUCUGGGUUCCUGUAUUUGUUUCAAGCUUUUAACGAAAAAUAUUUUUAAUGGAAUAUUCAUUAUUUUGUACUUUUGCACCUUUUAAACAACAAAUAUGUUUCUCAGUAUGCAUGUUAUUUUUAAAUUGCAUGUUACUGAAGUGAUUUACAAUGGGAUUACUUUCCAAAUUUAAUUCUGUAAAUAGAAAAUUUGUGUGACUACAAUUUUUAUUGUGAAAUUUACUCUACAAAAAUGCUUCAUUGUUCAUUUCAAAAAAUUAACACAGAAAUAUUUUAACUGGCCCUUUAAAGGCCAAACCAGCUAACAGAACCAGAAAAGAAAUUGAAUCAACAUAUGUACAGUGAUAGAUAUAUUAAGAUGUGGUGUCCUUCAGAUCAAUCUUUUUGUCCUCAAUCCGAGUAAUGACAGCAUUUAGUUAAAUGAACUGGUGUCUAUACACAUAUAAUUCAUACAAUUGCAUUCCAUUUUAUUAUUGAUUUGUUGUUUUAGUAUGUGUAAUGUUUGUGAAAAUUUACAAUGUUUUAUGAUCUGACUAUGUCAUUGAAUAAAUUAUACAAAUAUA